CUGUUGUAAGGUGGAGUGAAUGUACAUGAUGGAAAUAUCUGUGACGUUCCUCCUCACUGGAUGUCUGAUACAAGGAGUUUUUUGUGGUUUUAAAAUCAAUCUGCUAAAGAGAGUAGAAGCUCUAGAAGGAUCCUGUGUUUUCAUACCCUGCACAUUUGUUAUUGAUCAACAAUAUGAACAAUAUCUCACUGAUGCGAAGAGAAUAUGGUAUAAAGACAAAAACAUAGUGUUUGACUCCAGUAGCCCCGACACUGGAUUGUUAAGAGGAGAAAUAUUUGGCACUCCUACAGAAAAAAACUGCACCACCCGCUUCAAUAAUGUUGAGCAGAAAGAUAUUGGGUCAUAUUCCUUCAGACUUGAAGGCAAAGUUGGAUUGAAACAUACCUACACAAACACUGUUGAAAUUGUCCUCAUAGAGUCUCCACCCAAACCCAGUGAGUCUGUUGAAGGAUCAGCAGGAGGUGAUGGAGGUGACGGAGGGAAGCUCUGUGAAUCUGCGCUGCUCGACUAAGAUCUUCUGUUCCUCU